GUCCUGAGCUUGUCCUUUGUCCGGUACCAACACUAUGUCACGCAGGCAUGAAGUUGGCAGGCUCACAAACCUAUGGAGAGUGUUUCUGAAAGCAUUAGCUCGAUAUGUUGCUUUCCCGUUACGACUCGUACAUCGUCUGUUUCAUGCCCUUCUGCAACUAUAUUCUCGCAGGUGUCGGUUCCGACCCGUUCAAAGAAACGGACGUGUAGAGCGGGUUACUGGCUCGUUCCAGCCCUCCCUCCUUCCGAGUAACACCGUGCAGCUACAGGUGCCACCGCCAUCAUCAGGAUCCGCGACCAAUUCAUUCGUCUCACUAUUGCCAGUCCACACUCAGGCUCUUCCGACAUCAACUAAUCUGGGCCAGCAGUUGCAUCCUGCACCUUCAGUCCGCUCGGUGUUCAGGCCAUUCACGCCUUCUCAGGUGAUGCGAUACAACAAAACCCCUCAAAUCAAGCGGGAGGUCAAACUUGUGAAUAUCCCCGCUGGAAAGAGAGACUAUUCUGAUCAAGAAGACAGUGGUACCUGGUAUCCCCGUGUACACCCUGAAGGAGCGCUAUACUUUCAUGACACCGUUCGCGGUAUUUACACCGAUUCGGACAUGCGGGACGGAGAACGCCGAUCUAGCAUGACCUCGUGUAUCGAGAGGUUACUCGCCCAGCUCACUCACCAGUGUGGAUUGCUGUGCAGCGGUGAUAUAGAGCUCGUGGUGGAGUUGACAAGGAAACGUAACAAUGAUAAGGUAUACAGGUACUAUUUCGUCGAUCAUCCCAACCGUCUACUUUUCUGGCUCGAUGAGAUAUCUACGAAAUGGAUUUUUGAUGGAGUUCUGGGCGUUGAGAAGUGGAGCCAUAUCAAGUAUGCUAUCCAGCAUCAGUACUGGCAAGUCUGUCAUUAACAGGAUUAGUACAAACAAGAUUGAUAUGAUUUCAGGCAACACUGCGAACUGUAUCCCAGUGACAAGCUGCCAGAUGCCCAGUUGCUCAAGGAACUCAAGGAAGUCGUUGUGCAUGCU